GUUGGGGGACUCGCUUCUGAGAACGUGAGAUGGGCUGAAGCCGUGAAGAACUUCAAACAGCAACAGAGCACCUUGUGUGGAGAUGUCUUGCUGAUUACGGCCUUCGUCUCCUACCUGGGCUACUUCACCAAGAAAUACCGUCAAGACCUCCUGGAUGGAAUCUGGAAGCCGUAUUUGCACCAGCUAAAAGUGCCAAUCCCUGUAACUCCGUCCCUCGAUCCUCUGACCAUGCUGACAGAUGAUGCUGAUGUAGCGGCUUGGCAGAACGAGGGCCUGCCAGCUGAUCGGAUGUCCACUGAAAAUGCCACCAUCCUCACCAACUGUGAGCGCUGGCCCCUUAUGGUGGAUCCCCAGCUGCAGGGUAUCAAAUGGAUCAAAACAAAGUAUGGUGAAGACCUCCGAGUGAUCCGAAUUGGGCAGAAGGGGUAUUUGGACACGAUGGAACGUGCCCUGGCUGCAGGAGAACUGGUUUUGAUUGAAAACCUGGAGGAAUCCAUGGAUCCAGUUUUGGGGCCAUUACUGGGACGAGAAACAAUCAAGAAAGGAAGGUACAUUAAGAUCGGGGACAAGGAGUGUGACUUCAACCCUGCUUUCCGUCUCAUCCUCCACACAAAGCUGGCAAACCCCCACUUCCAACCCGAGCUGCAGGCACAGUGCACCCUCAUCAACUUCACCGUCACACGAGACGGCUUGGAGGACCAGCUGCUCGCGGCAGUGGUCAACAUGGAGAGGCCUGACUUGGAAGAGCUUAAGUCAGAUCUUACAAAGCAACAGAAUGGAUUCAAAAUCACCUUGAAAACAUUAGAGGACAACUUGCUCUCUCGGCUGUCAUCAGCAUCUGGGAACUUCCUGGGAGACACAGCAUUGGUGGAGAACUUGGAGAUCACUAAACAGACAGCUGCAGAAAUUGAAGAGAAGGUCCAGGAGUCUAAGGUGACAGAAAGCAAGAUUAAUGAGGCCAGAGAGCACUACAGGCCUGCUGCUGCGCGGGCCUCUCUGCUGUACUUCACCAUGAAUGACCUCCAUGCCAUCCAUCCCAUGUACCAGUUCUCUCUGAAGGCAUUCAGCAUCGUGUUUCAGAAAGCCAUUGAGAGGGCACCUCCAGAUGAGAGCCUCGCAGUGCGUGUGCUGAACCUCAUCGACAGCAUUACUUUCUCUGUGUUCCAGUACACAACCCGGGGGCUGUUUGAGUGUGAUAAAUUGACCUACACCGCUCAAGUUACCUUCCAGAUACUUCUGAUGAGUAAAGAAAUCAACACAGUAGAACUGGAUUUUCUACUAAGAUACCCAGCACAGACCAGAGUCACAAGCCCUGUGGACUUCCUGUCCAAUCAUUCCUGGGGAGGAAUCAAGACUCUCUCAUCCAUGGAGGAAUUCAGAAACCUGGAUCGGGACAUUGAGGGGUCUGCAAAACGGUGGAAGAAAUUUGUUGAAUCUGAGUGUCCUGAAAAGGAAAAGUUCCCUCAGGAAUGGAAGAAUAAGUCAGCUCUUCAGCGCCUGUGCAUAAUGAGAGCCAUCCGACCAGAUCGCAUGACCUAUGCUGUCAGAGAUUUUGUAGAAGAAAAGCUUGGCAGUAAAUAUGUGGUAGGGAGAUCCCUGGAUUUUGCAACAACCUUUGAGGAAUCAGGACCUGCAACCCCAAUGUUUUUUAUCCUGUCCCCAGGAGUCGACCCACUGAAGGAUGUGGAGAAACAAGGGAAGAAACUUGGUUAUACAUUUAACAACAAGAAUUUCCACAAUGUUUCCCUUGGACAAGGUCAAGAGGUAGUUGCUGAACAAGCUCUAGAUCUGGCUGCGAAGGAGGGUCACUGGGUCAUCCUUCAGGAUACCCUGGAGAUGUGCACCCGGGAGAAUGAGUUCAAGAGCAUCCUGUUUGCCCUCUGCUAUUUCCAUGCCUUGGUGGCAGAAAGACGCAAGUUUGGCCCCCAAGGCUGGAACCGUUCCUACCCCUUUAAUACUGGAGACCUCACUAUCUCUGUGAACGUGCUGUAUAAUUACCUGGAGGCCAGCUCAAAGGUCCCAUAUGAUGAUUUACGCUACCUUUUUGGUGAGAUUAUGUACGGAGGUCACAUUACAGAUGACUGGGACAGGCGGCUUUGCAAAACCUAUUUGGAAGAAUUUAUUAAGCCAGAAAUGCUGGAGGGAGAGCUUCUCCUUGCUCCAGGAUUCCCCCUCCCAGGGAACAUGGACUAUAAUGGCUAUCAUCAGUACAUAGACGAUGCCUUGCCUCCAGAGUCUCCUUAUCUGUAUGGCCUCCAUCCCAAUGCUGAGAUUGGCUUCCUUACCCAGACCUCAGAGAAGCUCUUCCGCAUCGUGUUGGAGAUGCAGUCCCGGGACACCAGCGUGGGCGAAGGAGGAGCGGUGACCAGGGAAGAAACGGUGAAAGCUCUGCUGGAAGAGAUGUUAGAGAAAUUGAUAGAUGAAUUUAACAUUGCAGAACUGAUGGCAAAGGUGGAGGAGAGGACGCCAUACAUUGUGGUUGCCUUCCAGGAAUGUGAGCGCAUGAACAUCCUCACCAGUGAAAUAAAGCGCUCUCUCAAGGAACUGGAUCUGGGUCUGAAGGGAGAACUGACCAUGACAAGUGACAUGGAGAACUUGCAGAAUGCCCUCUUCUUGGACACGGUGCCUGAGUCCUGGAUAAAGAGAGCUUACCCUUCCACAGCCAGCCUGGGCACAUGGUUUGCUGACCUCCUCACUCGCAUCAAGGAGCUGGAGGCCUGGACAGGAGACUUUUCCUUACCCUCCGCAGUGUGGCUUGCUGGGUUCUUCAAUCCCCAGUCUUUCCUGACAGCCAUCAUGCAGUCCACAGCCCGAAAGAACGAGUGGCCUUUGGACAAGAUGACCUUGCAGUGCGAUGUGACAAAAAAGAAUAGAGAAGAUUUUGCCAGUCCUCCUCGGGAAGGGGCAUAUGUCCACGGUUUGUUCAUGGAGGGUGCACGCUGGGAUGCACAG